AGGUUCUGAUUCAACAUUGGGAGUGUCUGUUCAGUUUCUUCUCAGCUCUUGAGUGUGUCACACUAGAGAGCUCUCUUUUCCUCAAUCAAAAUGAAGAAAUUAAUCCUCCUGAGUCUUUAUCUGCUUGGAUUUGCUAAAGGAGCACCACCAGGUCAGCCUGAUGAGCUUUUUGAGUCUGUAGACCGCCAAGCUUCUGUCCAGCAACUUUCAAGUGAGUAUUUCUCACUCACAAACCCGUCAGAUGCCGAAUCUCUAUACGAAACCCCCUCAGGUGAGAGAACUCUGACCGAUCAUAGUUCAAGCGAACAUGAAUCAAGUGAGCAUUCUACAGGCGAACAUGUUUCAAGUGAGCACAGUUCGGGAGAACAGUCUUCAGAACAUGUUUCAGGUGAGCACAUGUCAAGCGAGCAUAUUACAGGAGAGCAGAAUUCGGGCGAGCACACUUCAAGCGAAGGUUCAGAACAGCCAAGCGAACAGUCUUCAGAAGUAUCUUCAGCUGAACAAGUUUCAGGAGAAAAGACUGAAGAGGUGGGUGAACAGUCGGCUGCCGAGGCAACUUCAGGCGAAAAGAACGAACAGGGUAUGAGCACACCAUUUCCAAGCACAUCUUCAGACGUAGCAAUAAAUUGCCACACAUGUUCCUAUAUGAAUGAUGAUGGAAAAUGUCUUCGUGGAGAAGGAAUAUGCACCACUCAAAAUUCCCAGCAGUGCAUGUUAAAGAAGAUCUUUGAAGGUGGAAAACUCCAGUUCAUGGUUCAAGGGUGUGAGAACAUGUGCCCAUCUAUGAACCUCUUCUCUCACGGAACAAGAAUGCAAAUUAUGUGCUGUCGGAAUGAACCUCUCUGCAACAAGACCUAGAAGCCUGCACCUCCACUUCUUGCGCUGACUCAGGCAGCUUCACUCCACUAUACUUGGCUCAAUUGAAACUCAUCUUCAACUAAUCACAUCUGUCUCUGCCUGAUCAGACAAGAAGCUCGACCCAUUGCCUAUGUCCUCUGCCUUCCUACCUCCUCUCCUUCCCCAGAUUUCCUCUUGCAAUACAUUCCUAUGUUAAAGAACA